UCGCUAUUUAUAAACUUUUUUGGGAGUUUAUUUUUAACUUCAGCAGUGGUCGGUCGGUGUUUCCGGUGAAACCGGAAGUGCCUUUCUCCGCAGCAGGUGAACUCACUUGAGGAGUUUCAAAGUUCGUAAAUGUGAUUUGUAGUGCUUUCCUGCCUGAGUUGAGCGUCUAGCAAUGGCCGGUCCCGAGCUGCUGCUGGAUUCCAGCAUACGCAUGUGGGUGGUCCUGCCCAUCGUCUAUAUCACUUUCUUCGUGGGCGUCCUCCGUCACUACGUCACCCAGCUUCUCCACAGCGACAAGAAGGUGGACCUGGAGCAGGUGUCCGACAGUCAGGUACUCCUGCGCAGCCGCAUCCUCAGAGAGAAUGGAAAGUACAUUCCUAAGCAGUCCUUCGCCAUGAGGAAACACUAUUUCAACAACGCAGAGACCGGCUUCUUUAAGACAGUCAAGAGGAAAGUCGUCCCCAAGAACCCCAUGACAGACUCCAGCAUGCUGACAGACAUGAUGAAGGGGAACCUGACCAACGUCCUGCCCAUGAUUGUGAUUGGUGGAUGGAUCAACUGGGCCUUCUCUGGGUUCGUCAUAACAAAGGUCCCGUUUCCUCUGACUCUGAGGUUCAAGCCGAUGCUGCAGAGAGGGAUCGACCUGCUGUCUCUUGAUGCUUCCUGGGUGAGCUCGGCGUCCUGGUACUUCCUGAACGUGUUUGGGCUGAGGAGCAUGUACAGUCUCAUCCUGGGCCAGGACAACGCUGCUGACCAGUCCCGGAUCAUGCAGGACCAGAUGACAGGAGCCGCCAUGGCGAUGCCCCCCGACCCCAACAAGGCCUUUAAGAGCGAGUGGGAGGCGCUGGAGAUUGUGGAGCACAAGUGGGCGCUGGAGAACGUGGAGGACGAGCUGAUGUCCAGAGAUCUCAACUUUGGGAACCUGUUCAGUGGUGACAUGAAGAUCUGACAGGACAAACAGGCAGCUGUGCUGGAUUCAGCUGAGACGGCGCCCUCCUGUGGGGGCUAGUGGAAACAGCAUAAAGCGUCGGCUGCAAGGAUGGCGGCUGACGCGCCUGCAGCUCUGCAUGGAGAAGGAGAACAGACUGUCUGGUGGUGAUAUUAGUCCUUUAAUUUAUAUCAAAAGACUGAAAAUACAAUAAAAUAUUUUCCUCUGAUAUUUGACGGGAAGACCAAAGAAAUAAGUGAAGCUUCCCUGCUGCUCCCCCAGGAAUGAUCCUGUCAAUACAUUACUUACAAUAGAAAAAUACUGUACAGAGCUGUUUAAAACAGAGGAGCUCGCUCAGACCACAAAGGAACUCCGCUGGCUUCCGUCUCAAUACAAAUGUUCUGUAUAAAUAAGAUCAACAUCCUGCACCAGCUGAUUAACAAAAAUCACAUUGUGUGGUCUCUAGAAUUAUUUAAAAAUAAAUAUCAGAAAACAACCAAAAUAUAUAAACAGACUGAUUUCAAUCCCUGCUGUCUGUAAUUACCCACAACCCCCUGCAUGUCAAAGUGUUUAUCAGUGGAUUAACAUUUGUGUGCGCUCUCACAGAAUGAGUUCCAACUAAAGCGGACAUUUUUUUUAGGUGAUUAAAGCAAGCAGAAGAUCAGACGGAUGUGAGGUCAAAUCAAAGAGGAGUGAACCCAGAUUCAGUUCUCAUUUCCGGUUUGAAACUAGCCAAUCGCAGCUUUGGAGAGUGACAUUCAAGAGAGAAAAAAAAAAAAAA